GGUGGCAACUUCUCCUCCUGCCACGGGGAGCAGCCCGCCUGCCUCCCCUCGAGCCUGCAGCCAACCCCCGCGGCCUCCCUGAGGGCUCUCCUUCGGCCGCCAGCGCCCGCCUUUCAUUCCCCAUAGAGAUAUCUUGCACACACGCACACAUACACACACGCGCAAAACGCGGGGGGAAAAGCCCACCCUCCAGCCUCGCUGCAAGGAGAAAGCCAGAGCAGCCGCAGCUCGCAGCCGGCAGAAGACUCCCCGAGGGGGAAGCAGGCGGGCGGACUGACCGACGGACUUGCGCCACGUCCACCUGUCUGCUGCGUCCGGUUCCAGAGAGCAGCGGGCGCGCAGCACGCGGAGCAGCCGUGCCCGCCGCCGCCGCCGGGACUCCGCUCCAGGGCGCACACGCUCCGGCCCCCCCCACCCCACCCGGCCCGGGCGGGAGUUUGCACCUCUCGCGGCUUGGGUAUUCGGGCCGCCGCUGCAAAGCCAACUUUGGAAAAAGUUUCUGGGGGGUGACUUUGGUUUUGAGGCGCCCAGCUCUGCGCUUUCUGACUUCAAGGGCCUUCCCAGAAAAUGUUGCAAAAAAGCUAAGCCGGCGGGCAGCGGAGAACGCCUUUAGCUGGCGAGAGAAGGCAACCAUCGACUGCCGCGUUCUUUUUCCUCUCGGAGGUUGGAGUCCCCUGGGCGCCCCCACACGGCUGGACACCUCGGCUGGCUCGCGACGCAGCCCCCGGCUGUGGAUGCUCGCUCGGGCUCGGGAUCCGCCCAGGUAGCGGCCUCGGACCCUUGCCCCGCGCCCAGGCUCUUCCCAGUCCCCCAGCGACGACGGAGUCGGGGCUAAGGGCGGGGGCGCCCGGGGGCCAUGCGGGUGAGCCGCUACAGCGGCUGCAGCGGCCAGAGCGCCUGAUCGCCGCAGACCCCGGCCGAGCCCACCUUCCUCCCCAGCCCCCGCCCUCCACCCUGGCCGAGGGGGCGGCGCGCUCGGUCCACGCGUCUGGGGCCCUGUGGGGCCGGGCCCGGAGUCGGCAUGAAUCGCUGCUGGGCGCUCUUCCUGUCUCUCUGCUGCUACCUGCGUCUGGUCAGCGCUGAGGGGGACCCCAUUCCCGAGGAGCUCUACGAGAUGCUGAGUGACCACUCCAUCCGCUCCUUCGAUGACCUCCAGCGCCUGCUGCACGGAGACUCCGUAGAGGAAGAUGGAGCCGAGCUGGACCUGAAUCUGACCCGGUCUCAUUCUGGAGGCGAGCCGGAGAGCUUAUCCCGAGGGAGAAGGAGCCUAGAUCCCCUGGCGGCGGCCGAGCCGGCCAGGAUCGCCGAGUGCAAGACCCGCACGGAGGUGUUCAAGAUCUCCCGGAACCUCAUCGACCGCAGCAACGCCAACUACCUGGUGUGGCCGCCCUGCGUCGAGGUGCAGCGCUGCUCCGGCUGCUGCAACAGCAACCGGGUGCAGUGCCGCCCCACCCAGGUGCAGCUGCGGCCCGUCCAGGUGAAGAAGAUCGAGAUCGUGAGAAAGAUCCCGAUCAAUAAGCUGGUCACGGUGACCCUGGAGGACCAUCUGGCGUGCAGGUGUGAGACGGUGGCUGCGGCGCAACCCGUGACCCGAAAGCCAGCCAGGAUGCCCCAGACUCGAGUGGCCAUCCGCACGGUGCGUGUCCGAGGGCCCCCCAAGGGGAAGCACAGGAAGUUCAAGCACACGCAAAACAAGAAGGCACUGAAGGAGACCCUCGGAGCCUAGGGGUGUCGGCAGGAGAGUGUGGGCAGGGUUAUUUAAUAUGGUAUUUGCUGUAUCGCCCCCAUGGGGUCCUUGGAGUGAUAAUAUUGUUCCCCUCGUCCGUCUGUCUCGAUGCCUGAUUCGGACGGCCAAUGGUGCUUCCCCCACCUUUCCACGCGUCCAUCACCCCUCUGCAAGCGGGUCUCCCCUCAGUGGCCUCCAGCGUCUUGCCCGGAAGCUUGAGAAGGAAAUGAAGAACCUGGACUCCAUCGAAGCCUUCCUCUCCCCACCGACCCCGAGAAUCUGGGAUAAGAGUGCAAGAGAGACUGAUGGGGGAAGGGGCUCCUUCCCCGGCGCCUGCCCAGGGCACCCCGAGCGCAGCGGACCGGCUCGAGGAACCCUGCCUGUGGCCCUGCAACGUCUCCGCAGCAGCGCCUGCUCGGCCCCUGGCCCCCAGCCGGGUCCCCUGGGAACGCCCGCAGCAGGCAGACCGGCCUGAGGGCCUCGGACUUCUGUGGCUGAGGCUGGGCCGGGCACAGACUGGAUGGAGCAAACCCCGCCCACAGCGCCCAGGCCCAGUCGCUUCUCCCUCCUCCCCUCCGCUCACAGUGGCUUUCUUUCAUUUUACACACACGGCAUCUUUGAAGAUGCGGACUCUUCUGGGCAGGCCUGGCCGGAGUGCCGGGCAGCCAGGUGCCCUCUCAGACGCGUUAGAGAUGAAGUUUGCGCUGCAGGUGGGUGCAGACGGUGACCUGGGCACCCACUGCCUUCUCCCGCCCACCCUCCCCCUGCUUCCUCCUGUGUUACCUCUCUACCUCCACCCCUCCUCCUUGCCCCUGUCCUGGCCCUUCAGUCUGCUCCACCAAGGGGAGCGCCCCUUAUCGAGGCUCCUGAUGAGCCCGGUGACUGCUCCCUGGGGCAGGAGACCAGGGGCCGGGGCCGCAGGGGACCGCCCGGUGUACCCCGGCCCAGCCCAGACUGCCCGAUCAGCUUGUGCAGGGCGCGCACUGUUCACACCAUCAGCACUGGCAGGUGGAGGUCGCCUGUCUGAGGAAAGGGAUCUUUCUCCUAUGUGACACAGAGGCUCUGCGACGAGGGCUGGCUGUGCCCCUGACCCAGCCCGUGGCUCGGAGGGUGGGACAGGCGCGAGCCCCGUGGUGGGGAGGGGGAGAUGACACGGCCCCCCUGGCCUCCACUUCCCCAGGUCCUCAGCUCCAGCAGUCUCUUUCCGGGCAGGCAUGACAACACCAAGAGAGGGUCUCCAAGCGGGGGGCAGCCCUCAUGCCCCCCCACACUCCCCCAUCUUAGAUCCUUUGGGGUUCUGCCUCUGGUGGCUCCUCCCAGGAGAGCGGCUCCGGCUGGGAGUAGGGGAGAAAGGGCAAAGGUCCCCGGGCCCCCUGGGGCGGGGGGCUCUGAGCUCCCACCACGUUCCUGCCCUCCACUGCACUUCCCCCCUCCCCCUCUCCAAAAUCUGCUUCCUUCAGUUUGUAAAGUCGGUGAUUAUAUUUUUGGGGGCUUUCCUUUUAUUUUUUAAAUGUAAAAUUUAUUUAUAUUCCAUAUUUAAAGUUGUAAAAAAAAAUAACCACAAAA